AUGGCGUCCCUCGUCGCCACGCGCCUCGCGACGGCGCUGGCGCUGCCGUGCGGCUCGGCCGGCUACUGGGCCGUGUCGGCGGCGGUCGUGCCGCCGCUCGCGGCGGCGCUGCUCUUGGCGCGGCGCCACGUCCUCUGGAAAGCCGCCGUCGUCGCCCGCGCUGUUGCCGCGGCGGCGGCAGCCAGCGGCGCCCCCGCAGAGGACCCGGAGGCGUGCCGCAAGCAGCCGCCGGUGCCGCCCGAGCACUCGCCGCCGUGGCUCUCGCCGCUCACCGCCGGCCGCCUGGCGUGGACGCCCGCCAACUCGCUCGCGCUGCCGGCGUUCUGCGUUGCGGCCGGGCUGCUGGCCGGCCUGCUCGGCCUCGGGGGCGGCAUCGUGCUCACGCCGCUGAUGCUGGAGCUGCGGGUGCACCCGCAGGUCACAGUGGCGUCCAGCCAGGUGACGCUGAUGCUGAGCAGCGCCGCCGCCGCCAUCAUAUACGCCUCCCAGGGUAUCAUUCGAUGGGACUAUGGCAUCGCCCUCGCGGCCACCUGCUUUGUGGCGACCCUCCUCGGCCAGGUCGCCAUCGACGCCGCGGUGCGGCGCACCGGCCGCCCCGGCCUGCUGGUCCUGCUGCUCGCUGCCAUGUGCGUGCUGGGGACGGCCGCGAGCGUUUACGUGGCGGGCGCCGCGCUCGCGCGCGUCGCGCGGCGCCCGGAGCUUGUCGGGGCGGUGGGGUCGGUGUGCGGCGUCUCGUGA